UCUCCUGCUCGCGGCGGAGCCUGCCCUUCCCUUGCAGUGCACGCGCCAGGCGGCUCCCGGCUCCCCAAUAUGCCUGCGCGCACCGGGCAAGCGCCGACCCGGCGGCAGGAGGAGCCUGCACCAAAGGCGGCGCGAGCCUGUGUGGCCGGCGGCGAGAGCUCAGGCGAGCAGGCUGCCGCGGGCCGCGGAUGGGGGCGAUUGGAGCCGGUGCGAGCCAGGCGGGACGGAGGAGCUGCGGGCCGCGGAUGGGGACAGGAGCAGGGUAGUACUACUUGCCCUGCAUCACCAAAGCGCGUGACCACAUCGGCGCUCAUUGUCAUUGGGCAUCUUAGGCCUGGGUCAAGUCAACUUCUCUUUGUUUACGCGUUUGGUUCUCUGCCUCUCUCUCUCUCUCUCUCUCUCUCUCUCUCUCUCUCUCUCUGCUUCUUUAUAGCAAUAAUGGAGGCACCCAUCUCAGAACCUCAACCUCCAUUCGGUUAGUGCUCCUUCGAGUGUUCUUCCCUUCAGCCAGUAUCCUUCAAGUGCAGCUCAGAUCCAUAGACCUCAAGAGGGCCAUCAGAAAUGGCGAGCCAGCAGAGUCUUGCGAGUACAUUACCUAAAGACCUACCGGCGACCUUUAUGAAGGAAAUUACCAAUGAUUUCUCUCCUGACCAAGAACUUGGCCGAUCUAUUUUUGGAACAGUUUAUAAGGGGGUUCUUCCAGAAGGGGGCGGCAUGAUUGCUGUGAAGAGGCUUACUGAAAAUGUAGCAGUGCCACUUGGCAUAUCAUUUACAACUGAGGUUACAAACCUUAUGGCACUUCAGCACGACAAUAUAGUAGAGCUGGUUCACUACUGCCAUGAAGCGCAGAAGAAAGUGGUUCAGAAUAAUGGAAGAUAUGUGAUUGUAGAUGUGACUGAAAGCUGCCUUUGUUACAAAUAUCUACCCAAGGGAAGUCUUGACAAGUAUAUUUAUGCAGACACUACGUCAAUAAUCUGGGACACACGAUUUGAAAUAAUUAAGGGGAUCUGCCAGGGUUUACAUUUCCUUCACAGGGAUUUGGUUAGUGGGCCCCUUGUUCAUAUGAAUCUCGCGCCUAACUCAAUAUGGUUGGAUGAUAACUGGGUGCCAAAGAUUGCUGAUUUUGGCCUCUCGAGGCUCUUUGGCAAAGAGCAGACCCGGAUGUACACGGUCAACGUUAAGGGAUACAAUGGGUACAUAGCUCCGGAAUAUCUUUACAGAGGUGAAAUCUCCACCAUGUCAGACAUAUAUAGUUUAGGCAUGGUUAUUCUUGAGAUCACGACCGGAGAGAAGAACUGUGCAGUUUCUCAAGACAGAUCUGCAAGACUGUUUGUCGACAAUGUACAUCAAAAUUGGAAGACAGAUGAGCAAAUAAUAUACAAGUACCCAUCACUAGAUCCAAAUGGUCUCCAGCAAGUAAGAGCAUGCAUUGUAAUUGGGCUAAAGUGUGUGGAGGCUGAUCGGAACAGGAGGCCUUCCAUAAUGGAUAUUGUUAAUAAGCUCAAUGGGAAACGCGUACCGGUUUUUGAGUAGAUCUGAGGAAGAAAAGGAAACUCAGGGAGGAGUAAACCUACUCUGCUUGAUUCCAUGCAAGAUGUUGGAAGUCGCCAUUUUGACAGCAGUGUCUGCUUCCACAAUUCUGCUUUCAGGUUGCCUCCUCAUCUAACAAAGCUUUAUGGUACAGAGGUUCUUUCAACAGGAGGUGGUAUUCUGAAAUUCCACAAUGGCGCCAGCGUACUGCUUCCAUGAGUCUGCUUCUAGACCACCUACAAAGCGUCUUGCUGGAAGGUAGUAUUCUAAAAUUACAUAGAGCAUGGAAGGUGAAGAACUUUGUUAAAGAACUUCAGUUCUUUUAGCUUGCUGUUAUUCCUGCGGAAGGAGGACUCUUUUUUUUCUUUGUUCUACCUACUGUAUUUUAAUUUCUUUGGACUCUAUUACUGAACUCUGAACCUGAGUAGCCCAAGCACAACUGAUAGAUAUGGGACUGUACAAAAUCAGCGAGCAAAAUUGAAAGGAAAAAAAAAUGCAUACCUUGUGCCAAUUUCAUCAAA